GCAGCACGGGUUCGGGUUCGAGUCGCGCGCUCCUGGAGAGACCAUGGCUGUGCUCGUGCUGCUGCUGUACUGCGCGCUGGCCGUGCACGCGCUUCCACUGGGGGACGGCAGGAGCAGCCGCGUUUACAAAGACCCCACGGUAUGGCAGGAGAAAAAUCAUCACUACGUCCUGAAGAAGAGAGGACGACUCCCGCACGCUCAGGACACACUGAAAGAAAAUCUGGACAUUAGGAAGUGGCAGCACUACCCUGCUACCUCCAAGAAUGGAAGCGAUUUCAGGAACAGGCCGCGAUGCGGAGUCCCGGAUUAUCCUUCACAGAAAGGAGACCUCAGCUUUCAUAACUUAGUUCAGGGAGGAGGACGGUACAGACGCAAGCGCUUCGUUCUGUUCGGGGGACGCUGGGACAAGACCGACCUCACCUACAAGAUCGUACGGACACCGUGGCAAAUGAGCUUGGCGAAAGUGCGUCAGGUGUUCCAGGAGGCGCUGCAGGUCUGGAGCGAUAUCACUCCGCUUACCUUCACCGAGGUCACCAGUGGCCGAGCUGACAUCAUCAUCGACUUUGUCAGGUACUGGCAUGGAGACAACCUGCCGUUCGAUGGUCCUGGAGGAAUACUGGCCCAUGCCUUCUUUCCCAGAACGUACCGCGAGGGAGACAUCCACUUUGACUAUGACGAGUACUGGACGAUUGGCAACAAUUUGGGCACGGACCUGCUCCAGGUGGCUGCCCAUGAGUUUGGCCACGUUCUGGGUCUGCAGCACUCCAUGGCUCCGGGGGCGGUGAUGUCGCCCUUCUAUAGCUUCUCCUACCCGCUAGAGCUCAGCGAGGACGACAAAAAGGGCAUCCAGUACCUGUACGGCUCAAAGCCUCGAGAGCACGAGACCAACGAGAUCAUCAGUACACCUGAUGUCUGCUACACGAAUUUUGACGCUGUAUCCAUGAUCCGCGGUGAGCUGUUCUUUUUCAAAUCGGGCUACGUGUGGCGAAUCCGUGAUGGCAAAAUGCAGGCUGGGUAUCCUGCUUUAGCCUCACGACACUGGGGAGGAAUACCCGACAACAUCGACGCUGCGUUCGAGGACAGAUUAGGAAACAUCUGGUUCUUUCAGGGUCAAAGUUACUGGGUGUUUGAAGCGGAGAAGCAGAUCACAGGUCCUGAUUCGGUGCAGAGACUGGGUCUUCCAGUUACAGACAUCCAGGCAGCCCUGAUGUGGGGCGAGGACAAAACCCAGAAGGUGUACUUCUUUAAGAACGGGAACUACUGGCGCUUCAACCCGCAGGAGAACCGAGUGGACUCGAGCCACGCUCGCAACAUGGUGGACUGGAGGGGAAUCCCGAAUGACAUCGAUGCCGCCUUCCAGGACCGCUAUGGCUUUGCCCACUUCCUGAGAGGGAGACAGUACUGGAAGUUUGACCCGGUCGGGGUCAGGGCACUCGAGGGCUACCCGCGCUACAUCGGCAUGGACUUCUUUGGUUGCAGUCCCUCCCUGUAUCAAUAG